AUGUCGAUGAACGUUAACAAGGCCUUGACCAUGACCGUGUUUGCAGCCGCCGGAGUUUACAUGGGAAUGAAAUUUUUCGAACCGAUAGUCAUUGAGCAGCUUCGCAAGGACGGAAAUCUGCGUACGGAUAUAGAGGUUCCCCAGUACGACGAAGAGGGCAACAAGCUUCUGGAUCGUGGCAAGCAGGUGACCUGGGAGGCGAUCCGCCGGGAGGGGCAGGAAGAACAGCAACUCGCAGACAGCUCAGUCUCGAAGCCGGUGAAUUAA